UGGUGCUGUUGCUUUUCAGCACUAUGUCCCUAAACCCAUCCUUUGAUUUCCCAGGUAUUAGAAAAAUGAUAGAGGUGCAUAGAAAGUACUCUCUGUCUGAGAGGUUAAUUCGAACAAUCUCCUCCGUACGCUCUUUGCCCGGUGACACUGUGGAAUCUCUAAUCCGCAAGGGAGCGGAUGUGAACAUUCCUCAUGACACACUUUUGCCACUACAUAGCGCCUGUAUGGUGUGUGACGUGGACUGCGUGGAGCUGCUCUUGGAGAAUGGAGCCAAUGUAAACUCCAAAGAUGGAUACCAACGCACUGCUCUCCAUUACGCAGCAGAGAAGGAUGAAACGUGUGUGGAGAUUCUGCUGGAGUACGGCGCCAACCCCAAUGCACCGGACGGCAAUCAGGACACGCCCUUACACUGGGCCGCCUUCAAAAACAUGGACAGCUGCGUGCUGGUGCUGCUGGAGGGCGGAGCCAAGGCGAACGCCUUAGACUAUAAUCAGGACACGCCUCUGAGCUGGGCCGUCAUGAAAGGCAAUCUGGAGAGCGUUCGAUUGCUCUUAGCCUACGGAGCACUGCCUGACACCACCAACCUCAAGGGGCUGUACCCUGCCGGGAGGCUUGCGGCCCUGAUGGGCAGAGGUCUGGGAGGCGAGAGGGAGGAGCAAUGUCUGGAACUGCUGCACAGAGCUUGUGGGAACCUCCGGAUGAGAAGGGAGGGAGGUGUGCCCCUUGAAGCGGCACGACAUGCCCAACUGGGCCAACGCCUUCUCAAGCUGUGCUCAGAACCCGGCUCUUUGAAAGCUCUAGCAAGAAGAGUGGUUAGGUGUAGUCUCGGGGAAUGCCUGCUCGCCAAUGUAGUGACUGAGCUGCCUGUUCCUAAAUCCAUUCAGGACUAUCUUUUGCUUAUAGAGUGA